ACUUUAGGUAUUGGUGGGGAGAUGGCAUAGGUUGUGCGAACAAUUGAAAAACUGUUUCCGUCGGGACGAGCCUCGCUCGCAUUAUAAAUAUAUAAUAAUAGUAUUUCACGUUAUGACUAUUUUUUAAAAUAACUUCUAUCUUAUUGGGGAAGACUGACUGGAAGAAACAAUUAUUAUCUAGCCUCCCUCCAUUUACUGAAUACUCAAUGACAAUAGUUUUCAUGUCUUCCCUCUACCAUUUCUAAAAAAGAUUUGAUAUCCGGUGUUAGGCCUACACGAAGACGUCUGGAUCACUGAAAUUUACGCAUUGAUAGGUAUUACUACCACAGGAGUGUUAAACCGUGUUGAACAUGGGUUUACCAAAGGAAUUGGAAGAAAUUUUUGGUUUUGUGGAUUCCCAUAAAAGUCAGUAUAUUGACAAUUUAAGGGAUGUUGUGGCAAUCCAGUCGGUUUCAGCAUGGCCUAAAAGCCGCCAAGAAAUAGUAAAAGUUGUCAAAUGGGUCGAAGACAGACUUACAAAAUUGGGUGCCAGUGUCGAACUCUGCGAUGUGGGAAAGCAGGAAUUACCUGAUGGUUCAGUUAUAGACUUACCUCCUGUUUUACUGGGAAUAUUGGGAAAUGAUCCUCAAAAGCAAACUGUUUGCGUCUAUGGCCACUUAGAUGUUCAACCUGCUCUUAAGGAAGAUGGUUGGGAUACUGAACCAUUUAUUUUGACUGAAAAAGAUGGUAAAUUAUAUGGAAGAGGUGCCACUGAUGAUAAAGGCCCAGUUUUGUGUUGGCUUCAUGCUAUAGAAGCAUAUCAGAAACUUAAAAUACCUAUUCCUGUAAAUGUGAAGUUUGUGUUUGAAGGAAUGGAAGAAUCAGGAAGUGAAGGACUUGAUGAUUUGUUAAAUGCCCGGAAAUCUACAUUUUUUAAAGAUGUUGAUUAUGUAUGCAUUUCUGAUAACUAUUGGCUGGGAAAAAAUAAGCCAUGUGUUACCUAUGGCUUGAGAGGAAUAUGUUACUUCUUCAUAGAAAUAGACUGUGCCAGCAAGGACCUACAUAGUGGAGUUUUUGGUGGAACUGUGUACGAAGCACUUCCUGAUCUCAUUUAUCUUCUCAACUCGCUUGUGGGAAAAAAUGGAGAUAUUCUUAUAAAAGGAUUGCUUGAUGAUGUUGCUCCUGUAACAGAAGAAGAAAAGGCUUUGUAUAAGAAUAUUGAAUUUGAUGUGUCUGAAUAUUGUUCUGAAGUCGGAGCUAGUUGUUUGCGUUAUAACAAUGACAAGGUUGAUAUUUUGAUGCACCGUUGGAGAUAUCCUUCAGUUUCUAUUCACGGAAUUGAAGGUGCCUUCAGUGAAUCUGGAGCCAAAACUGUAAUUCCACGAAAAGUAAUUGGCAAAUUUUCUGUUAGAAUUGUUCCGAAUCAAACACCAGAGGGUGUUGAGAAGUGUGUUGUUGAGUAUGUGAAAGAACAAUGGAAAUUACGUAACAGUAUCAAUUCAAUGAAGGUGUAUAUGGGACAUGGUGGAAGACAUUGGCUAUCAGAUCCUGGACAUCCCCACUAUCAGGCUGCUCAGAAAGCCACGGAGCAUGUGUACAACAUCACUCCUGAUAUGACCAGAGAAGGUGGUUCAAUCCCAGUAACACUAACAUUGCAGGAGGUCACUGGGAAGAAUGUUCUGCUGCUGCCAGUAGGUGCCUCUGAUGAUGGUGCUCAUUCUCAGAAUGAAAAACUUGACAUCAGAAAUUAUAUACAAGGGACAAAGUUGUUGGCAGCCUAUUUGUAUGAAGUUGCGCAGUUGAAGUGAUUUUUAUUACAGAAAUAUUGCCUACUUAAAGUGCAAUUACAAAUAUUGAUGAAAACUUCUAUUUCUAAUUGCUUUAAUUGAAUUACACUGUACAUUGCAGUGGCACCCCAGAAACAUUAUAAAAAAAUAAAAAUAUGCUGCUAUAUUCUAUUAAUAACAAAAUGUUAAGUAUGAAAAAAAAUCUUUGGGUAAGGUUAAGAGCAAAUUGGUCUUAUCAACUAAGAUUUAAACCAUAUAUUUUUAUGCUUAUUAAUAAAUAAUCUUCAAAGUAAAAUGUGUUGUAUUUUUCAUUUUCAUAUAUCUUGUGUG